ACAAACAACUUUGACAGUUUUGUUUCGCCUUCCUCGCAGUUUCGAUCGUUGUACGUCGUGUGCGGAUAGAAAAAUAAGCUUUUAUCGGGUUCGAAACACUAAAAAUAACAUUUUAAACAGUUUCUCGGCGGGCACGGAAGUGGAUUAGACCGAAACAACGAAAGUGAACCAUCCGGAAAGUGCGUAUGUUCCGGCAGCAGUGUGACGACGAUUCCUAAACCGUGGUGGCGAAAGCUGCUGCUGCCAUCAGCGAGCUUCCCCGCCCCCAUUUUGGUUGUGUCAGUCUAAUGUAAACAAACCGCCGCUCGGAAGGGAAGGCUGCUUUUUUCGAUUUUCCGACGUCCGCAGCGGAAAACUCGGAUUAUCACCGGCCAAAGUGCUCUGCAGCCGGUCGGAAUAGUCGGCCCGCGUACUUUCCGAUGGAUUUGACAAUCUACAGCGAUGUACCAAACGAGACCCCCGGGUCGUAUUGCCGGUUUUGCUUCCGGGAGACAGAGCUGGUUCCGAUAUUCCACCCAACCACUCUGGAACCGGUCAAUCGACAACUGCUGGACAUUAUAUCAGAGUGCACCGACAUCCAGCUGACAGCGGAGAAUGACUUCCCAUCGUCGGCUUGUCAGAACUGUCUGCAAGUUCUGCAGGAAUUUUACCACUUCCGACGGCGGACCAAAGAGUACGACCGAAUAAUUCGUACCAAAGUGGUGGUUCGGAUUGAACCGGAAGUGCUAAUCGUCAAACAGGAACCACUGGAGGACGACACUCUGGAAAGUGUCCGCCGGCAGUAUCUGGCCGAUCAGCAACAACAGCAGCAGCGCCAAGAGGACGAGGAGGAAACCGAGGAUGCGGACGAAGAUGAGCACGAAAUCGGUAGUAGCAGCAGUACACUGACGGCCGAGGAAGUGCGCGACGAAGAAUUCCAGCACCCCAACUUGGAAGCUAUCUUUAAGAUUCGUACCAUCUCGACCGGUUCGAGUGGUUCGAAAUCAACGGUGGCCAACACAGGCCCCAGUAGUCACCACUUGGAGGAAAAUCGCUGCAUGGUGUGCGGCGAGAAGUUUUCCACUCGGGACGCUUGGAUCUCGCAUCUUCCGAUGCACGCCGGGGAACGGCCCUUCCAGUGUCACAUCUGCUUGGCGCAGUUCAAAACCAAGUACGUACAACAGAACCACAUCAAAACCGUACACGAGAACAUUCGGAGCUACCGAUGCCAGUUGUGCACCGAUCCGGUCCGGCAGUUCAAAAGUAAGCGCACCCUUGAGGACCACAUGCGGUACCACACCGGGGAACGACCGUUCCUGUGCGCCCUGUGCAAUGUGAGCUUCUCGUCCGGGAGCGUCCACCGGAAUCACAUGUACCGAGUGCACCGGGAGAUGCGCAAAAAAGAUCGCAAGUGCAGUUACUGUGGGAAGGAGUUCGACCGGAUACUGGAUCUGAAGCGGCACCAGACCAGCUACUGUGAGAAAAUUAUCGGACGAGCCAUGGCCGAGAGGCUUUAAGGAUGAAGAGAAGCGGCUUAGCAACAAGAAAUGAAAAACGAGGAACAUUUAGGAUAGCGCAAAUGAAAGUUUAAGAUUGAAAGUGGAUAUAGUGGAGCGAAAAGCAGAAAAACGAUUUAAAAAAAUAUUACUAUACUUAUAUCUACACUAUAGAUUUAUAUGGUAGAGCUAACCCCACGUGAAAACAAAGAUAAAAAGAGUAUAAUUUUAACUAAUAAAGCAUUACAUUUAGUAGAUUGUCGUCGAUGUACCAAA